GGAAAUUUUUGAAAAGAGUGAGAUAUAUGAAAUUUAUUCGUCCGAAUUAAAAAAAGAAGCUCGCAGUUUAGUGCUAAAUGGUGAUAUGGAAGAUGGAGGGCUUGUCGAGUUGACACAGAUAUGGGAGCCUGAUAAGUUUGAAAUAAAGGAUAUUAACCCCGAAGAACUAGAAGAAAAAAAAACGCGACCGCCAACUGAUAAAAAAGACCCGCCAGUCAACUGA